CUUAACCGCACCGUUUUGGUUGUUCCUUCCUGUACCCAAAAUUAUCAGAGGAAUUGGAGCUUCCGAGGAAUUGUGACUUGUGAGGAAGACGAACAGUUGUUCGAUUUCGUAAGCAAGGAGGAACUUUCUUUUGUACUGCUUCGAGAUCCGAUCCAAUCUUCUAACAAAGGAUCCGAUUUUACGGAAUCUCCACAAAAGUUCCUGAAUCAGUCUUGAGUUUUUGCCGAUUCGAGAUCGAAACCUUUUGCUGAAGGAAGAAGAUGAGCGACGUGUUUGAAGGGUACGAACGCCAGUACUGCGAGCUCUCAACCAAUCUCUCCAGAAAAUGUCACUCUGCGUCGCUUCUUUCCGAUGAAGAAGAGAAGAAGGAGAAGAUUGUUGAGAUCAAGUCUGGGAUAGACGAAGCUGAUGUCUUGAUCCGGAAAAUGGAUCUUGAGGCAAGAAGUCUGCAGCCGAGUGCUAAAGCUGUGUGUCUUUCUAAGCUAAGAGAGUAUAAAUCUGACCUGAACCAAUUGAAGAAGGAAUCCAAACGAGUCUCUUCCGCAGAUGCUAAGCAAUCUACACGUGAAGAACUCAUGGAAUCCGGAAUGGCGGAUCCGCUUGCGGUAUCAGCUGAUCAAAGAGAGAGAUUGGCGAUGUCAGUGGAGAGGCUUGACCAAUCCAGCGACAGAAUCAGGGAGAGUAGAAGAAUAAUGCUCGAGACAGAAGAGGUUGGCAUCUCGAUUGUUCAAGAUCUGAGUCAGCAACGCCAAACACUCCUUCAUGCUCACACCAAGCUUCACGGUGUGGAUGACGCCAUUGACAAGAGCAAGAAAGUGUUGACGGCUAUGUCAAGAAGAAUGACAAGGAACAAGUGGAUCGUUGGUUCGGUGAUCGUGGCUCUUAUUCUCGCCAUUAUCUUGAUCAUUUCAUAUAAGCUUUCACAUUAAUAUACUCAAAACAUCAUUCAUCGUAAUUGUGUGUGUGUGUAUAUAUCUGGUCGAUUCCUCUGUUUUACUUACUUAUUUGCUUGUAUUCCAAGUAUAUUUUACUUACUUGUAUUGCAAGUUAGUUAUGUGUAUUGAAAUGGCAAUACUUUAAACAUUCAUUAGGUUUUCCCAAAGUCUUCACAUACUCGUAGCCAAA